UUAGAUGUAAAAUACAUGAUCGGAGUAAUUAAUUUGAUUUUUCCCCCGGCGAACACUUACGACUAAAUGUGCGCUGAUGUGGCAAUCGGAGUUCAUACGUGGCAACGCCGGACCGUAGAACUAAACGCUGCCGUUUCAAAUAAGAACAAGUCGACGUCGUUUUUCUACAAACGACGUCGUUUCCACUACUAAUAGUUAAUUUAAAGUAUCUUCUCCCCCACUCGGCCUUCAUUUUAGGGUUCUUCGAUCUAGGGUUUGCAGCGUUUCUUGUCUACACCAUGUCUGAGCAUCAGUGCAACCAUAAGCUCCCUGCUGAAAUCAGGACUUCUUGGACCGAUGCCAACCCGGCCAUGCGAUUUUAUCGUUGUCCCCUACAAGAAGCUGAUUCUUGUUCUUAUUUUGAGUUCAUCGACCCGAGGCCUACUGAGUUGCAACGGAACUUCAUUGCCAAGCUCAAACGCGAAAGAGAUCAACUGCAAGACGAGCUUCGUAGGAAAACCUGUGAAUGUCUUGAUUUGAAGGAGGCCGAGGAAAAUGCAGAGACCUACAUCGUGGAGCAUCAUGAAAUGGGUGAAGAAAUUGUUAAACUUAAGGAGGAGCUAACCAAAUUGAAGAGAAAGUGUUGGUUGAGGGGUGCUGUGAUAGGGCUUUUGCUUGGUGUAUUAGUCGUUGUUCAUGUUUAGAAUUCUGUCUAGUGGUUGUAGAAAUAGUAGAUAUUGGUAUGGUUUCAUUAAGUGGUUGUCAUUUUGGUUAUUUUUUACAA